AUGACGGAAGAGAGCGCCAAGAAGAGCAAGCUUUCAUGGUCCAAGUCCCUCGUGAGGAAGUGGUUCAACAUCCGCCCCAAGGCGCAGGACUUCCAUGCUGAUUUCGACGCCGGCCAGGCAAGGGACGGUGGUAGUGGAUCAUGGAGGCCCAGCUGUUCCUCGAGCGAAGCAAGCGCAAGCACUGCUGCCAAGAAAAGCAGAACUGACCGAUCGUCUUCAAAGCGGAGUGCUGAACGCGCUCGCCGAGGGAAGAAUAAUUUUGAUGCAGCACGCCUGACGGAAGUGCAAGAUUACAGGAUCUUUGCUGCAACGUGGAACGUCGGUGGUAAGUCACCACCAAGGGGGCUAAAUUUAGAUGAAUGGCUCCAUACUUCUCCUCCUGCCGAUAUCUAUGUCUUAGGGUUUCAAGAGAUUGUCCCUUUGAACGCGGGAAACGUUCUUGGCACUGAAGAUAACCUUCCAGCCAAGAAGUGGGUGUCCCUUAUUAGGCGGACACUGAACAAGAAUCCUGGAGCUAGUGGUUGUGGUGGCUAUCAUACACCCUCACCAGUCCUGGAUCCAGUUGUAGAACUGGAUGCUGAUUUUGAGGGGUCUGCAAGAAGGCAGGAGAACUUCUCAUUCUUUCAUCGCCGGUCGUUCCACAACCUCAGCCGUAGUUUAAGAAUGGAUGGGGACUUCAUGUUCCCGCAACCAAGGCUAGACCGCAGGUUUAGCGUUUGCGAUCCAGUCAACUUAGGAGGCAGACCAAGUGAUUUUGAUGGAAAUUUGCGCUGCCCUGGAUCACCUGAUGAGGAAAACAUAGAUAUGGAAGUGAGUGAUGGUGCACAAAUUUCACCAUUCCCUCAUAGCUACAGUGCAUCUGCACCUUCUGAACAAAAUGAUGAUCAAUCAAACAGCUCUAGGUAUUGCUUAGUUGCCAGCAAACAAAUGGUUGGCAUAUUUCUCACAGUUUGGGUACGCAAUGAAAUAAGAGAUGAUGUUCGAAACUUGAAAGUUUCUUGUGUGGGUAGAGGAUUGAUGGGUUAUCUUGGAAACAAGGGUUCAAUUUCAAUAAGCAUGUCUUUGCACCAGACAAGCUUCUGCUUCAUAUGUUGUCAUUUGACGUCAGGGGAAAAGGAUGGGGAUGAACUGCGCAGGAAUUCUGAUGUUCUAGAAAUUUUAAGGAAGACCAGAUUCCCACGGGUUCGUGGUGCUGGUGAUGUUAAGUCACCUGAAACAAUUCUUGAGCAUGAUCGGAUUAUAUGGCUUGGGGAUUUGAAUUAUCGGAUUGCCCUAUCGUAUUGUUCGGCAAAGGCUCUUGUCGAAAUGCAUAACUGGAAGCAAUUGUUGGAGAAAGAUCAGCUGCGGAUGCAACAAAGAUAUGGACGUGUUUUCCAGGGUUGGAAAGAAGGGAGGAUCUAUUUUCCUCCCACAUACAAAUAUUCAUUCAACUCAGAUCGGUAUGCUGGAGAGGGCAGGCACCCUAAAGAGAAGAGGAGAACACCAGCAUGGUGUGAUCGCAUUCUCUGGUAUGGUAACGGCCUCAAUCAGCUGUCUUAUGUUCGUGGAGAGUCUCGUUUCUCUGACCACAGGCCGGUGUACAGUAUUUUCUUGGCAGAGGUUGACAUUGUACACCAAAGGAGGAGAAACAUGGGAUAUUUCAGCUCUAGAAUUGAGGUGGAAGAGCUCUUGCCACAUUCUCAGAGCUAUAGAGAAAUAAAGUUAGGAGGUUGGUCAAAUGUUCUAUAUGUAGGGUUCCAGAUUCAGUUCUCUAGACAAUCAGAUGCGAGGCUGCGAGCUUAUAAUCGUGUUCGUAGCGGACAGGACACGGGCAAGUGGAAAUGCCUCUUUGGUGUCGCCGGCGCAGGCGUGAAGAUGGAUGAGAUCAGAGCCUUGUCUCGUCCUCCGUCCGGCAUGGGCUCGGAAGCAAGUUGCGGCGGGGAAGGAGCCCAAGGCAGAGACGAUGUCGGGGAAGCGGGCGGAGGAGGAGACGUCGUCGGCGGCUGCAGAGGAUCGGAAGGAGUUCAAGCUGGCGAUGUUCCACGUCUCGUUUUUCCUGUCAGCCGGGGCGCUCUUCACUCUCCUGAGCUUCCUCGUCCCCGGCGCGUCCAGGCGUUUCCAGAUCCUGUGCUGCAGACGGCGAUCGUCUCCUUCGUCUCGGCAGUGGAUAUCUUCCGGAGGCAUCCGUUGGUCUGGUUCUGGUCCUUCCGCGAGUCCGGCGAGCCGAGCAAGAAGAUCUGA